AUGGGUGGCUAUUGGAUUGAAAAUUUUAAUCAAAAUGGCUAUUCAGUAUAUGCACUAAAUUUGCAAGGACAUGGUGAAUCACAAUCAUUUGGAAAUUUAAGAAGCAAUUUUGAUUGCUAUAAUGAUCUAGUUGACGAUGUAAUACAAUAUAUGAAUCAAAUUCAAGAUGAAAUCUCAAAUGAUAAUCAAACGGGUUAUGAAUUUCAUAAUAUAAAAGAAAAAGAAGAUAACAUUAAUGCUAGAGAGGAAAAUGAUAAUAAUAUGGUAGAAUAUAUUGUUAAUGAUAUGGAUAAUUCUAAUUAUCAUGCUAUAGAAGAUAUGAAUAAUACGCAUUUAAUUGUCAAUUCUAAUGAUUAUGGUUCCAAUAGUUCAUGUGCUAGUACCUCUGAUACGGCAAAUGCUAGUACUAGUGAUAAAGAUGAAGGGUGCUAUAAUUAUUUAGAUAUAUUAAAGGUUGCGUAUCUUUAUUUGUCCGAAUAUUUUGCUAAAAUAUAUAAACAUGAUAAAUUUCUAAAUGAUAAAGGAAGAAAAUUUAAAUGUAUUUCUGAGCUUAUAAAAGCAACGAUCACAUUGAAUUCAAAUGUUAAGAAAAAAGAAUUACAUAGUGUUGAUGGUAUGAACCAUUCUACACCGAAAAAGCCAGAAAAUAAAGAUAUUUUAAAAAAAAUAUUGAAUGAAUUUCUAAUUUAA